UUCCACAAAUUAACUUAAUUUCUUCAAAAGAAAGUUAUUUAAAUGAAACAAUAGAACGUUCUGAUUUAGUUUCACUAAGAUAUAAGGUAUUUGAAACUGGAACCAGCAUACUUCAGAGAAAAGACAGAUUUUGCGAAAGAAAAGUAAAACAAUUGCUUACAAGUAUUGAAUAUCUUGAUUGUGCUGGUCUCUGUUCUAGAUCUGCCAAACAUCAUGAACUUGAAAUACCUCUGCCUAUCCCACUUUUCUACACGCUUUCUCAAUUGAAUGAAUGGAUUGGAAAAAACAAUAAAGCAUUUGCACUUUCAAGAUCUUUAAGAUGCCCCUGUUUCGCUAGUGCUCUGUGUGUUUUAACGAGCAUCAAUGCAAAGAAAAUUAUAAACCAAAGUGUUUUCUGUAAAUUUGAACGUCAGGCUAUGGAAAAUCUAAUUCAGCAUGCUUAUGACAACAGAAACUAUAUUCUUUUUGCCAGACUUGUACAUAUGUGUGUAAUGAGUAAAGAGGAUAUACAUGUACAUGUAUUUACAAAUUUCUUUCGGAAAAAUGAAUAUACGCCUACUACAUGCAUUGCCAUUGACGUAAUAAUUGCUAUUUUGAUCAACAGAAUCAGAAGAAUCCAGUGUUUUCAAAAGCUUAAAGUCAGACUUUCACUUUGCCACAGAUGCAAUGACAAGAAAUUUGUUUUCCUUCUGGCAUAUGAAGGGGUCAUAGAAACAAACUCAGAAAUUCCUAAAUUGCUUUUAGGAAUUGAUCUACUCCUUUACAAUUAUAGACAACAAUCUGAUGAAUCAAUAUCAGUUUCCAAUUCGUCUGCUGCUUCUUCAUUGAAAGAAAAAUUACCAACAAUGACAGAACACAUGGCAAGAACCCUUUUCUCCCAACAUUCAAAUCUCUACAUGAUAACAGCUUCGGCUUUUAAGUCUGUUAAGUAUUCAACAGAAAAUCAUCGGGUUGACCUGAAAGUUUGUUUUAGGUUAUUUUGUCAGCAUAAAGGAUACAUUCCUUAUGGAGAAAAAGAAUUCCCAAGACGAUUAGGAGAAUAUGAAAUGGAUGUUUUAGAAGGAUAUUGCUCUUUCGGGAUGGAUACUUCACUAGAAAUUGGAGGGCAUAUUCGUCGUAAAGGAGGUGCUAGUGGAAGCAUUGGUGGUUUUGUGAAACUUCUUAACGGUAAAAUUGGAUUAAUAACUUGUGCUCAUGUUUUGUUUUCGCCUGAAGAAUUACUUUCUGGAAUCUUUAGUAACUCUGUUGUUGAAGCCUUUGAUAAGAGCUCUCACACGUUUAAAGCGUGUGGAAAAAUUAUUGAUGCUAAAUUUCCUGUUUCCCGGAAAGCCACAGAAUUUUCAUCAGCUUCUUCAAUUACUUUAGAAAACAAUAUCGACGCUGCUGUAGUAGAACUUGUGCCUACAAUAAACUCCUUCGGAUUUCGAGCUGUGCCAGAGGACCAAUUGCGUUCUGCAGGAUUUGAUCCAGGAUGUCUUCCUGCAUUUCCUGGUAAAAUCAUUCCAGUCCCUAUUCCUGAUUGCAGCGAAAAAGAACAAAUUCAAAACGUCAGCGGUAAAAUUCCAGGAGCAUCAGAAAGUGUCAUAAAAUUUGGUGCCUCAACCGGCUUUACCAUUGGUGAUCUUUACUUCAACCGUGUGCAUGCUCGAUUCAUGAACCAACAUAUAAGUUUUUAUGGAACAGAUAUAGGACCCAUUAUGUGUAACCAAAUAGAAAUUCGAAACCUUCCACAGGGAGAUUUUUUUAGCAUGGGUGAUUCUGGAUCCUUCGUUUUUUGUAUAAAUCCAAAUAAGACAUUAAGUUGUAUUGGUAUGGCGAUAGGACUUUCUCCGAGUGGUUCUUGUUUGGUCACACCAAUUGAUAGAAUAUUGCAAUCCUUUGGACUCCCCCAAACGUUAGAAUCAUGUUAUCCUGGAGUUUCAAUAAAGCCUGACACAACCCCUAUUAAUCCAGUUUUAGAAAACAUUAGCAGAUUUAUGGAAUCCAUUCAAAUACAACUAAAUGACUUGAACAGAAAGGUCCAAGAGAUCGAUGACGAAAGAAAAAACAAGUAG